UACUAAAUUAGCUACACAACAAAAAGUACAAAAUAAUUUUGUAUAAAAGAAGAUAUGAGUAGAGUAUGGAGGAUUCAAGAAUUAAUGUAUCAUAAUGUUGUCCCACAUGGGGUCCAAGAUUCCACCCAUCAAUCUCAGCUCUGAAUUAUAAAUUUUUCUCCUCUUUCUCUCUUGUUGAGGCAUUUUUAUUUUCUAGAUAAACCAAACCAUGGUAGUGAAGGUGUAUGGUCCUCACUGUGCCUCAACCAAACGUGUGUUGGUUUGUCUGAUUGAGAAGGAAAUUGAAUUUGAGGUUGUCCCUGUUGAUGUCUUUAAGGGAGAACAUAAGGAUCCUGACUACCUCAAAUUACAGCCCUUUGGAGCUGUUCCAGUUAUUAAAGAUGGAGAUUAUACUCUAUAUGAAUCUCGAGCAAUAAUGAGAUAUUAUGCUGAAAAAUAUAGAUCCCAAGGUGUUGAGUUGCUAGGAAAAACAAUAGAAGAAAGGGGUCUAGUGGAACAAUGGUUAGAAGUUGAAGCACAAAACUAUAACCCACCAGCAUAUAACUUGGCCCUUCAUGGUUUAUUUCCUUCACUAAUUGGCAACAAUCCAGAUCCUAAGGUAAUUGAAGAGAGUGAAGCAAAGCUUGUGAAGGUGUUGAACAUUUAUGAAGAGAGGCUAUCUAAGAAUAAAUAUUUGGCUGGUGAUUUCUUUAGCCUUGUUGAUAUAAGUCACCUUCCUUUUACUGAUUAUAUUGUUAAUCAUAUGGGAAAAGAUUAUUUGAUAAAGGAUAGGAAACAUGUUUGUGCUUGGUGGGAUGAUAUUAGUAGUAGACCAUCAUGGACCAAGGUUCUUGAAUUAUAUAGACCUCCAAUCUAGUUAGUGAAACAUAAAAAUGCUAGCAUAUACUCUCCUUUAUUGGUUGAAUUUUAUACAUGAUCCACUAAAUUAUGUGGAAUAUACAUUAAUUUAGUGAGUUUUAUAUAAAUUUCAACUAAUAGGAAGAAAUAUGUAUUGAAGUGUGUUAUUAAAAGUAACAUGGUUUUAUCUAGUUUGAGGAGAAGUGAAGAAUAAAUGUUGUUUAAUGAGAUAUAGUAUCGUUUUAUACAAGAAACGAUUAUAAGCUAUUUUAAUAAAAAUUAUAAAAUUUAGUGUAUUAUACUAACUAAA